GGUUUCUGAGAACAGAGCGAUAAAACGGUGUCAGCAGGGAGUAUGGCUCUGCUUGCAGGGCAGAAGUGCAGGUAAAGUUUUCCAUAGCUACCCAAAACUGUUAAAAAAAAAGUGACUCCUAGACGCGUCCAACACUUUGUUUAAUGCACUAUCUAUCUCAAAGACCUCUUGCCGACAUAGUUUGCAGGCAGCCGGACUGCGCUGACACUGACAGCUGAGAAGUAAACAGCUCGGUGCUAAGCAGCUAACUGCGGCUAGCUCCGGUGGACCCGCCGCUAGCCGAACUGUUAAAACCAUCGACAGCUAGCUAGCUAACGUUAUUCGGCUAACUUGCGAGUGCCUGGUAUCUUACAUCACCACAACUCGACAGCACCCUCCCAUCGGAAUUUUUUUUAUUUUUUAUUAUUAUUAUUUUUGGAUCAGACUCCCCUACGAAGGAUUUCUACAACGGCACUUUCCAUUCAUGUUGUUUGGGAGGACGAGACUACCAAACCACCAAUUUUUGGAGCCAGGGAGCCGGUGUGUCGUCCCAGCAGAGACGGUGAAGUCACCAACCUUUACCCCACACAGAGAGGUGUCAACAUAAGGACAGGAUGCCUAUUCCUCCCCCUCCUCCCCCUCCAGGGCCCCCACCACCUCCGACUUUCCAUGAGGCGAACACUACUGCUCCCAAACUGAGCACAAAUGAGGCAAAAGGCAGAGGAGCACUGCUGUCAGACAUCUGCAAAGGCACCAAGCUAAAGAAGGUCGGCCAGAUCAGUGACCGGAGUGCUCCUGUUAUAGAGAAAUCAGGAGGAGGAGGUGGAGGUGGAGGAGGUGGUGGUGGUGGUGGAGGUGGUUUUGGAGGCGGAGGGCCAAUGGGAAUGGGUGGCCUUUUCCAAGGAGGUGUGCCAAAGUUACGCCCAGUUGGAGAUGGUCCUGCUGGUGGUUCAUUGGGCAGAUCCGCCUUACGGCCCCCAGGAUCCCGGUCAGCAGCACCUCGUCCCCCCACGGGCCGGUCCACCUCACCUUCCCCCGCCAACAAGGUUUCUCCACCAGAACACCCACGCUCGCACCGCCCCUCGCUGCCUGACAUCUCCCAGCCCCCCAGCAGUAGCAGCAACUCUUCCAGCGGGAUGAAGCACAGCACCUCUGCACCACCGCCUCCACCACCCUUUAACAGAGGUGGCCGUGGCAAUGCUCUGCCUACCCCGAACCAGAAAGCACCUCCGCCACCUUCCUCAUCAUCUUACAGCAGAGAGAAACCCCUUCCACCAACACCUGGCAGAGGUCCCGCCCCUCCUAGCACUACAAAACCUUUGUCCUCUAGCAGACCGCCAACCGGAGGCUCUUCUGGUCCUCCUCCCCCACCAUACAGACCGCACACAUCUGGUGGCGUUUCCAACGGGCCUGCUCAUGGAGAUGGGGGCGGAGCUCCAGAGCUUCCCCAGAGAAACAACUCCCUGCACAAAAAACACACAUCAGGAGGUAGCAGCCAAGGGCGCAGCCAUGCCCCGCCACCACCUCCAUCAUCAUCCUCCUCCUCUCAGCAGUCUAACAGACCACCCCCACCUGCCAGAGAUCCACCUGGACGCAGAACAGCUCCCCAGGUGCCCACUCCUGGGUCUCGUAAUGGUGGUCGGGAUGCUCCUCCUCCCCCACCCCCUUAUCGUGGCCACAGCUCAGAGUCCCAGAGCCGAGUGAACAAACCACCACCUCCUCCAUCCUCUUCCUCCAUCUCAUCUUCCUCUUCACGAACCCCAGCCGGACCCCCUCCUCCACCCCCACCCAUCCGAAAUGGUUACUCCUCCGGUUCUUCCUCUAAGUCCAUCAUAGAUGAUUUUGAAUCCAAGUUCAACUUUCACCCCAUUGAAGACCUUCCACCUCCAGAUGAGUACAGGCCCAUCAACAGGGUCUACCCCAGCAAAACCAACAGGGCCGUAAGAGGAGCUCCUCCAGCGCCGCCGGUGGGCAGGUGAACAGACCUCAGCUUGGGACUUGAACUGUUGUCGGUCAGGAGGGAGUGGUGAAGCACUCGAAUCAUAAACACACUACAUCACAAACACACUAACAUUAAACCACCAGCUGGAGGCACCAAGGUGAACACAAAGUAAACACUACUACACCACACAGGUUUGACACUACUCAGCGGUCUCUUUCAGUCUUUGCACGAGAGAACAGAAACCACUCUGACUGGGACCUCCUCGACAGCGACUCUGCUGGCACAGUGCAGAGACUUCUGUUUGACACAACAUAUCAGGACCAAACGCCGAACACUUCCAAAUCUCUGCAUUCCAUUUUUUUAUGCAUAUUCAUAAUAAUAAUAAUGAGAAUAGUUGUAAUUUUUCAGAAUAACUUUUUUUUUUUUUUUUUUUAAAUGUCAGCAUUAAUUUGUGGGGAUGAAGACUUGAGCAGAUAAACCCUCAAGUUUUCCCCUGAAAGUUUUUACUGCCACGCGUGUGGGGGCUUUUUGUUGGUUAUUAUUGGUUGAUUAGGUUUUGUCUUAAAUAGCCAUUCCAUCAGUGCCAGGUAAGGGUGUGCUUGAAUCAGCUCUCAGUUGUGCCAAAUGCAGGUGGAGUUGCAUGAGCAGUGAUGGCGGCCUCCACACACACACGUUCUGACAUUUAUGAUGAUUCUCUUUGAUUGUACAAAUCUUGCCUGUUUUUCUUUUUUUUUUUCAACAUUUGGGGGAUGGAGUGUUUCCUGCUUUUUGUUUUUAACCCUCGCCUAUUGUUAAUUUGGGGUUGUUCAUAUAUUUCCAUCUUCAGGUGAUAUUGCACAGCAGCUAAACUGCUAAACCGAGACACUGUGCAUGAUCCUGACGUAUGCACAUACAGCAUCAGGACGACAUCAUGUUGCUGCAAUGUAAAACUGAUUUGUCCCUGAUGUUUCUGACAAGCUGUAGUUCACAUAGCGAGCGUGUUUCUUCAGACUCACUGUGGGUUUCUGUGUGGGCCACAUCUUAAACACAACACUAAAUUAUUUGUUUACUGGACCGAGGUUUGCAGAGGAUUUUUUUUUUGGAGGAGUUUACAAGGAAUCAUCUCUCAAAUUUUGCAGGAAUCUUCAAGGGAAGUUGGUCUGAAAGCUCAACUCUGCUCUGAUUUGUGAUUUUUGCUGCUGGUGGUCCUUUGAAGAAGGACCCUGAGGCCAGAGAAAGGCGAUAUGUUUUUAUUGAAUUGCUAUGCAAGCAGCAGUUGUAGAGAUUGUAGAUGGUAGGAGCUAACCAAAAAAAUAAAUAAAUAAAAAAAAUGCAGGAACACUUAAGUGCCAGAGAACUGUUUGAGAACAGAUGGUGGUUCUUUACUUUUCUCCUCUCUGAAUCGUUAAGCUUCACUUUAAAACACUAAUGACGUCAUAUUCACGGUGUGUGCACUGCAGGAAAAGUGAAGUAAAAGAAAUGCUGGCUCAGGUCAGACUGUCCAUUCUCAGUGACGCAGCGCCUCCUGCUGGUCUUUGCCUUACACAAAUCUGUUGUCACUCAUUGGUACCAGCGAUUAGUUUUGUGGCGGGGGGGAUAUUGGGAAAAUGAUGACAACAAAGUAAAUAAAAAGAAACAAAUCUAUUUGAAAAUGCAAUAAAUAUUGUAUAUUUACUUUAAGGAAUAUGGUAAUCAUAGUUAUUGAUCUAUUUUUAUGUUGUAAAAAGCUUGUACUAUAGGAAAGGAAAAAUGAUUAAGAGUUCUAACAUUGUUCCCGUCAGUGAGCUUUGGUCUGACAGAGCGGACUUUUUGUUGCACUUCUCUGGACGUUUGGCCAUAAAGGGUGAAUGAGCUGAAUGGAUGGAUGUGAGGUUUUGCCAAUGAGCCAAAAUUUUCAGGAUCCGCUUUCUAAAAAUCAGAUCGGCAAGUACUUUAGUGAAGGUGGUGAGUGGCGGUGACUACACGUGCAAGGGAAAAUAGAUAAAUGAAUUGACCAGCACUUCCUUUUUCUGGACGUACAGUCACCUCGACACACAGGUGACUCAUCUGGGUUUAUCAUGUUCUCACCAUGUUCACUCUUAAGAGCAAAAAGCCUGUGGUUAUUUCAUGUUAUCAGCCAUGUUUUUAUCAUUUGAAAUAAUUUCAAAUAAAUAUAUUCCUGUUCGGGGGAAAAGGG